GAAACCAUAAAUAGAAAAAAUACGAUAAUAAUUUAGAUAGAGAAAAGGAGUAUUAAUAUGGAAAAAAAUGAAUAAGAAGAUAGGAGAAGACAGUGGGUCAAAGGAAGGAAAGAAAGAGUGGAUUUGAGUCCCAAAGCCCAACGGCAGAAGACAAGGUUUGUUGAGAGCGAAGGAUGUAUCGUGGCUGUGGGGACAGAAUAAACCAACAAUAUUAAUAUUUAGGCAUAAAAUAUUUGACACACCCUUGAUUCUCCCGUACCGCAUAACUGCCUGCCGUCACACCUAUAUAUACAUCUCCAUUACCUCUCUCUCUCUGCAUAACCAUAACAAUGGAGGAUUCCUUCACCAACAGAAGAGCUUCAUGGCAGCCCGACAUUGACCAGCUCUCCCGCGACGGCAGCCAUUACAGCCUCUCCACCACCAUUCUUCCCGCUCUCGGCGCCGGAAGCAAUCGCAGAAUCAAGCUCCGCUCUUUCGUUCUCUCUCCUUAUGAUCGCCGCUACAGAGUUUGGGAGGCGUUUCUGGUUAUUCUGGUUAUCUACACGGCUUGGGCGUCUCCGUUUGAGCUCGGCUUUCUUGAUAGACCAAGGAGGCCUAUGUCUAUCUUGGACAAUGUUGUCAAUGGAUUCUUCGCGAUUGAUAUCAUCCUCACAUUCUUCGUAGCGUACUUGGACAGAAGCACGUAUCUUCUCGUUGACAAUCGUGGGAAGAUUGCAAGGAAAUAUGCAACUUCUUGGUUGGCUUUUGAUGUGAUUUCCACAAUCCCUUCUGAACUUAUUUGGUACAUCUCCCCAAGGCCUUUGAGGGAAUAUGGCUUGUUUAACAUGCUUCGUCUCUGGCGUCUCAGACGAGUUAGUGCCUUAUUUGCUAGAAUGGAGAAGAAUAGAAACUUCAACUACUUUUGGGUGAGGUGUGCAAAGCUUAUAUGUGUUACUGUUUUUUCUGUUCAUUGUGCUGGUUGCUUCAAUUAUCUGCUUGCUGCUCAUAAUGAUGAUCCAACAAACACUUGGAUCGGUAAAUCUAUGCCUCCUGGAGUUGAUUUCCGCCAACUGAGCCUAUGGUUUCGUUAUGUUACUUCGAUGUACUGGUCCAUCACGACCCUCUCCACCGUUGGCUAUGGUGAUUUGCAUGCUGUGAAUGCAAAGGAGAUGGUGUUUACCGUCUUCUACAUGCUCUUCAACCUUGGACUGACGGCAUAUUUGAUCGGAAAUAUGACCAAUUUGGUGGUCCAUGGCACUAGUAAGACCAGGCACUAUAGAGAUACGAUUCAAGCUGCCACGAGUUUUUCACAGAGGAACCAACUGCCUUCUCGCCUUCAAGAGCAGAUGCUCUCACAUCUGUCCUUGAAGUUUAGAACCAACUCCGAGGGGCUGCAACAGCAAGAGACGCUCGAUUCACUUCCAAAGGCCAUUAGGUCGAGUAUUUCACACUACCUUUUCUACUCUCUGGUGGAUAAGGUCUACUUGUUUCGUGGAGUCUCCAACGACUUACUCUUCCAGCUAGUCUCCGAGAUGAGGGCAGAGUAUUUCCCUCCCAAAGAAGAUGUGAUAUUGCAGAAUGAAACACCCACCGACUUUUAUAUUCUUGCCACUGGGGCAGUGGAGCUACUGGUUAUGAAAAAUGGAGUUCAACAGGUUAUUGGCGAGGCGCGAACUGGUGAGCUUUGUGGAGAGAUUGGUGUACUUUGUUAUAGGCCUCAACUGUUCACAGUGAGAACAAAGAGGUUAACUCAGCUAUUAAGGCUGAACCGCACCACAUUUUUGAACAUCGUUCAAGCCAAUGUUGGAGAUGGGACAAUAAUCAUGAACAACCUUCUGCAGCAUUUGAAGGAAGUGAAGAACCCGAUAAUGGAGGGGAUUCUGGUGGAGAUCGAGAACAUGAUUGCACGCGGAAGAAUGGAUCUGCUCACCCUAUGUUUUGCAGCACUCAGAGGAGAUGACUUGCUGUUGCAUCAUUUGUUGAAGAGAGGUAUUGAUCCAAAUGAAACAGACAAUAAUGGAAGAACAGCUCUGCACAUUGCAGCAUCUCAAGGAAAUGAGAAUUGUGUCCGUCUCUUGCUUGAUUCUGGGGCUGAUCCCAAUUGCAGAGAUUCAGAAGGAAGUGUACCACUGUGGGAGGCCUUGCUAGGCGGUCACAAACCGGUCAUCAAGCUACUCUCCGACAACGGCGCCAAAUUAUCCACCGGCGACAUUGGUCUGUUUUCUUGCACAGCGGCAGAGCAGAACAACUUGGAUCUUCUCAAAGAAAUAGUCCGUCACGGCGGCGACGUGACGUGGCCGAACCACGAAGGGCGCAGAGCUCUUCAUGUGGCCGUUUGUGAAGGCAACAUCGAAAUGGUGAAAUUUCUCCUCGACCAAGGUGCCAACAUCGACGUCGCAGACGAAAAUGGCUUCACAUCGAGGGACCUAGCCGAGCAGCAAGGCCACGACGACAUCAAGGAGCUCUUCGCCUCAUUCAAGGGAAUCGCCGCCAACGUGGACGAAGCACGCGUCAGUGGGGUCCGCUUCUUGGGACGAUAUAAGAGCGAUCCGGUCAUGUCGCCUAUGAGUCAAGACGAGGGAUCGUGGGGCAGAUCUCGGACGACGACAAGGAGGAGAAGAACGAACAGCUACCACAACUCUCUGUUUGGGAUCAUGAAGGCGGCAGCGCAGACUGGGGACGACACCUUGCUGUCAUCGGUGGAAGAGGCGCCCGCCCGGAUCACGGUAACCUGCCCGGAGAAGGGAGAUGUUGGCGGGAAGCUGGUGGUGCGCCCCGGUAGCUUGGAAGAGCUGAAGGAGAUGGGUGCCAAGAGAUAUGGUGCUUCCUUUGUGAGAGUGUUGGGCAAAGGGGGAGCUGAGAUUGAUGAUAUCGAGGUGGUCAGAGACGGCGAUCGCUUGGCUUUCGCCGCCACCGAGUGAUCGACGGGAACUUGACGUCCACGGGGAUGAGUGAUUACCAAGUGAUCACAUUGUUUCCAUGUGAUGAAAUAUACUUAUUAGUUUUUUUUUUUUUUUAUUAAUAUUCUUUUUGUUUAGAUUGGCAUGCAUGCUGUUAGAGACGACAUAACUGCGUGCCGCCGGUUUAAAUAAUAAUGUAACUAUUCAAUAUUAUUUUCACUGAUAUGGUUACUCCUAAUGGAACUUCGAAAGGAA